AUGAUGCCCGGACUGCGCUACCCCGAUGCUUCCUCAACGCAGAACUAUGCCGCCGGCACCAAGCGUCCGAUCGACGAUGACCAGCAACACUCCUUCUCGAAGCGCCGUCGCAUCGUGCGCCACGGCAUCCGGCACAAGCAGGCCUGGCGCGAGGACCCGGCCAUCGCCGCGCCACAGGACGAGGCCUUCUUCCAGGCCCAGGUCUUGCGCGCUGUGUCAAUCAGCCUGACGGCUGUGGGCUUCGAGAGCGCAAAGCCGACCGCGCUGGAGGCAUUUCGUGCUCAGGUUGACGAAUUCAUGCUCCACUUCCUCUCCGACGUGCGCGCCUCGAUGGAGAACGCCCGCCGCACGACUCCCACAGCCCCCGACUUCGCGCGCGCCCUCGCGCACACGGGCUACACUGCGUCGGACCUCGAACCACAACUCGCACUCCCCCUGCCCCCCGCUCUCGCGCUCCCGCCCGUGCCCGACCCGCCGCCCGCGGAGGACCCGCCGCCGCGCCUCGAGGCCGUGCUCGGCGCGGAGCUGUCGGGCGCGGAAGAGAAGCGCGCCCGCGCAUACAUCCCCGCCCACCUCCCCGCGUUUCCCAGCAAGCACACGUGGCAGGCCACGCCCGUCUUCAGCUCGCGCGAGACGGACCCGCGCAAGAUUCGCGAGCGCGCGACGCAAGAGGGCAUUUUGGCCGAGCAGGCGCUGCGGAAGCUCAUGGCGGCGAAUCGGACGGGAUCGACGCGGAAACGAGUGGGGGCGAAGGAUGGUGGUGGAGCGGGCGAUGCUGGCAAGAGGAAGUCGCCGCCGGCGAGCAGGCAGAUGUGGGAGGAUGCGAUGCGUGAUGUCAUACGCGAGGACGAGAUGAAGCGCGGAGACGUCAUCAUGGGCGGGGUCGAAGACGAGCAGGGUGGCGACAAGGUUAACGACUUCGUCGUGGAUACGGGGUUGCUGGUGAACUACGACAAGAAGUACUGGAGGAAGGGAGCACAGUCGACGGCAUGGUCGUGA